CCGGUCGAUCGUGCAGUCGGGAAAACGGAACAUCUGUCGUUUGUCUCGUCUUGUUUUGUAAGCCAAAGUUCAGCGAUCGUAUGGAAGACCUUGUGAGCAAACCGACCAUGGAACUGUCCAACGGGGAACCGCGCAGUAACGCCGAAGCCAAGAAGCUGCUGCGCGAGGACAAACAGCGCGAAGCGAAGGUUGAGGAGCAGCUGGCCAAAGCGCUCAGCGGGAUGACGGUGGACGAGAAGUACGCGGUCGUCUACAAGCGGUUGGUGGAAUCGGAGAAGGAAAACCGUCGGCUUCAGGCGCUCCACAAGCAGUACGACCGCACGCUGGAAGCUUCGAAGCGAGAAAAAGAAAACCUCAUCCUCGAGCACGACAAGGUGGCGAUGACCAAGACUAAACUGGAAGCACUCUGCCGGGAGCUGCAGCGCCAGAAUAAGACCAUUAAAGAGGACAGCCUGGCCCAGAUACAGCAGGAGGAGGAUCGACGCAAACAGACGCAGGACAAGUUUCAGCAGUCGCUCAACGAGAUCCAGGAUGUGAUGAAUGAGAACAAUGAAAAAAAUCUUAAACUAAAAGAGGACAACAUGGAAAUGGCCAAAAAGUUUAAGGUGAUCCUGGAGCAGUACGAAAAGCGCGACGAGCAAAUGGACAAGAUGAGCAAACAGAUGGAACUGGUGACGCAGUUGAGUGACGCGAAGCUGGCCAAAAUGUCGAUGGAAUCCACCACACAAAAGGAACAAUUUCUGGCCGAAAAGAAGAUUAUGCUGACGGAGCUGCAUACGGUGAAGAAGCAGCUCGCCGAGCUGCAUGCCGUCGAGGGGCACCUAAGGGGCCAGGUCAACAUGUACUCCGACAAGUACGGCGAGUUCCAGGAUUCGCUGAAGAAAAGCAAAACCAUCUACGAAGGCUACCAGGAGGACAUGAAAAAGAUGUCGAAGAAAAUGAAGACACUGGAAAAGGAAACGAUGGCGUGGAAGGCACGCUGGGAAUCGAGCAACGCCACCGUGCAGAAGAUGCUGGACGAUCAGAUCGAUCGCGAAAAGCAGUUCACGAAAACGGCCCGUCAGCUGUCGCAGUUGCAGAAACUGUGCCGCACCCUGCAGGCCGAGCGGGCCACCUACCUGGCGGCGCUGAAGGAAGCGAACGUUGCGCUACCGUCAGCGGCACCCGAGGCGGAACAUUCGGACGAAACGGCCCCCGGAAAGGAGGUCGUUCCGGACCAGCGUUCGCCACAGCCCAAGGGCAGCCCAAGGGAGGAGGUACAAACCAGUGAGGACAAUCAGGUGGUGAACGGUCAACCGGCAGCGGCCGAAACAUCCGAGUCCGGGGCAGAACAGCAGACAACGGCUACAGAAACGUAGUCCCUCACGGAGGAGCCACCGUCCCCCAUCCGGCCCGUUUUUCCAUCUAGUCUCGGACACAUUUCUAACCCGUAUAUCUUCUCUCAGAAUAGGCUUUUCCUUCUGUUUAAUUUAUUGCACUCUGCACUUGCUAUUUAACGUCCUGUCCGCUCGAAUGGUCUGAGCGUC